AUGCCAAUCGAGUACGCUGGCCUUUUAGGAGCAGCUUCAGCGCUUGCAGCCAGCUGCAAGGGCGCUGCUACUGUUGCAGGCGGCAACAAAGUGAUGGCGGCAGCGACGUCAGGAGCGUCCUUACUCAAAGGCGCAGGCCUAGCGCACCUUCUGCACUCCAAGGGGACUGCAGCAGCAGCCGCUGCAGUCGACGGUACAGCCGGAAGCUAUCAGCUGCUCGCCACUGCGGCUCAGCACGGCGGAACGACGGCAACAAGUGCAGCAGCGACAGGCAGCAGCACGACCAGCAGCACCGCAACAGGCCUCACCACGAAAUCAGCCGCUGCUGCAGCCACAAAAGCGCAUCUUUUCGCUUUGGGAAAGAAAGGCGCAGCAGCAAAUGGGGCUUCUGGAGCUGGUCACCCUGGAGGAGGUUCUUCUGGAGGAGGCACCUCAAGUACCCCAACUCACCAGGGAAGACCUCAACUGUCUCAGUCGCAUGGUGCUGCGCAUGGUUCAAAUGCCAGCGGUUCUGGAGCUCCCAGUAGCCAUGGUGCCUCAGGGGCCUCCUCCGGUACCUCUGAAAACCCCCCUCCCCAAGUUGGUAACACUGUCACAGUUACCAGAGACUUUACAGAGCCAGGAAACGGGGGGAUUGUUCAUCAUGUCACGCGCACAACAACAGUAUCCUCGAACGUUUUCGAACCCUAUUCACUGAUGAUGCUGCUCCCACCUAUUCUUCGGUGGAUAGCACCGAAAAGCCCUCCGGAGGACACCCAGGUGUCGGAAGACUCGCAACAGCCUCAAGAUUUUGAGGAGCAAGAAAAAAAAAGCGGUUUAGAAGGAGUCAGCGAAAUGAGCAUUCAGCAGCUCCAGGAUGUCGAGGUAAUACAUCAAGAAGAGGAACCUCACCCUCAACGCCAACAAAUAAACGGGUUUCUUAGCUGCAAAAGGACUGUGCGACGUGGCAACUCUCUGUCUCACGGGGAAGCAUGCGAAGGCUUUUUGUAA